GGCAAGUAAUAGUUGCCGUCAAUAGUGAGGGUGUGGUGAGGCGGACUGAGGACACGUGUCGCAAGAGGUUCUAUGACAUAAAGCGGCGUGUCAAGGCCAAGAUGGCCAAAGAGGCAAAAUCAGCCCGCAAAACCGGAGGUGGCCCCCCUUUCCGGGCAACCUAUCGGGAGUGGGAGGAGCCUGUGCGGGCACUGAUUCCUGCAGAAGUGGUGUCUGCAACUCAUGUCCGGGAUUCGGACCGACCCACGCAGGAUGUCCGACAGACCAGCCGGCCAGACAGGCCUCAGACAACUCAGGAUGAUGCUGGGAUUGCAGGUUCUGCUUCUGUAAGCCUACCUCCUCUAAGGCGCCCAUCACAGGGCUCGGGGCACUUACCCAGGAGGCCAAGUAAGACACGGCGUCUUGGCACGGAAUCUGCGGCUCCAUCUUCCCCACCCAGGCGGCGCAUUUCUGCAGUGUCACCCCAGCCACCACUGGCACUAUUGGCGAGUCCACAGAGUGAUGAGCCCCGAUCACCUCAGUUAUCUGAGCCAAGCUUGAUGGCCGACGUGGACCAGCAGGGACAAGACCAAUAGGCAACCUUCACACUGCAACUAACACCUGUUGACCCGAGCCAGCCAAUACAGCUGCAGGAUAUCCCCCAAGCCUCCAUGAGUCCACAACUGGCACAAGCUCCACCCCAGCCACAAAUACCAGAUGACUUUUGGUCCAGUUGGACAAGCCAACAGGCCCAAAGCAAUGCCAGCCUGACCGCACAUACCCAACACCUUGCCAGUCUGCCCCAUCAUCUACCGCGCAUUAGUCGCAACUCGGGCAGACUGAUUGUCCAAG